CUCAGGUUGAAGGACCCUCCCACAGUUUAUAUAUUCUCCAGUCAGGCUGCAGAGAGGAAGGGCCCUCUUCGCAGCACUCUUAUUUCUCCUCAGCUGAACUCCCUGAAUACAUCUGCAAAGAUGAUGACAGGUAUGAUCGUAAAGAACAUGUCCUUCAAGGUCGGGCAGAAACUGACCAUUACUGGAGUUCCCAAGCCUGAUGCCUCAAAUUUUGCAGUGAAUAUUGGCCCCAGUGAGGAGGAGUUUACAAUGCACAUCAACCCUCGUUUUAAUGCUCAUGGAGAUGAGAAUGCAGUGGUCUGCAACUCUUACCAGGGAGGCAACUGGUGUGAGGAGGUCCGUGAGGGAGGCUUUCCUUUCCAGCAAGGAGAGGAGUUCAAGAUCAUCAUUGAAUUCACCCCUGCAGAGUUCCUUGUGACUCUCUCAGAUGGCUCUGAAAUCCACUUCCCCAAUCGCAUGGGUGCGGAGAAGUACUCCUUCAUGAGCUAUGAGGGGGAUGUUCACAUCAUCAGCAUUGAGAUCAAGUAAACCUCCACCCUCCUGGGAAUUGAUGGAUUGAAAUUCUGUUUUUUAAUUUUCCAAUUCGUCUGAAAUUAGGUAACAUUUUGCCUCAGCUUCAAAAUUCCUGAAUACAUGUGGUACCAGCCUUACAUCCUUAUCACAUAUUAUCAUUUUUAGCACGAAUUUAGCUUGUUGAUGUGCAGAUGCAGACAUUAGAAUGGAAGAUGGACAGAUGAGAUAUGCAGAGUCAUAGUAUUGAGAUGUACUGCACACCCUUUCUGCAAGACUUUACAGCGCUUCUAACUGAAAAACAAACCAAACAUAAAGUAGUUCCAAGCCCAUGUUAUCUGUUACUUGUUUUGCAGUGUUUUGUUUAAAAGUCACACAUUAAAAGACAUUCCAUAUUUGUAACUGAGUGUAAUGUGUGCCUGUAACAACACGUAUUAAAGCAUAGCUAAUUUGAAAAAAAAAAAAAACAUGGACUUUGGUUAUUUCAUAAAUAGCCAAUUGGGCAUUUUCUCCUGUAUGAAAUUA